CAGCGGUAUUCGAUCGUUUAUUUCCUCGAUUCCGUCGGAAAUAGCAAGUCACUUUCUAGAGAGAGAGACAAGUAUUUAAUUGGUGUGCAUAGAAAAAAAAAUGACAGGGUUAGUACAAAGUUUUCAAGAUCUGUAGAAACAAGUUGUCAAUAUAUAUUUAAUUGACAAUACAGAUCUUAAAUCGUGUGUUGCGUUUUUUCGUCUCUCUGAUCUGUUUCCAACAAUGGCACAGUCAAUUCACAAACCUGCAACACAGAGGUAUGCAUUGGUUACAGGAGGGAAUAAAGGAAUCGGAUUCGAGAUAUGUAGGCAGUUAGCUUCCGAAGGAGUCACGGUGUUAUUAACAGCUAGGAGUGAGAAGAGAGGCAUUGAAGCUCAAGAAAGGCUAAAGGAGUAUGGUCUUUCGGAUAAUAUUGUUUUUCAUCAACUCGAUGUUCUGGAACCUUCUAGCGUAGCUGCAGUUGUUGAGUUUGUACAGACGAAAUUCGGAAGGCUCGAUAUUUUGGUGAACAAUGCAGGUGUUUUUGGAAUAAAGUUGGAAGGAGAUGUUUCGAUUCUCCAAGAGGUUAUCGAGAGAGACGCCUCUGUGUUGUAUGAAGCUGCCGGUGGAACGUCAGAAGAAGUUGAGUUCAAAUCAAGUGGAACCAUUACCCAGACUUUCGAGGAUGGUGAACAUUGUGUCCGUACGAACUACUAUGGUCCAAAAAGAAUAACCGAAGCGCUCAUUCAUCUCCUACAAUUAUCCGAUUCACCACGAAUCGUGAACGUGUCCUCCACUAUGGGAAAUUUGAAGAUUUUGUCGAAUGAAUGGGCGAAAGGGGUGCUAAGUGAUGAAGAAAGCUUGACAGAAGAUAAAGUAGACGAGGUGGUGCAAGAAUUCCUCAACAGCUUCAAAGAGGGUACGCUAGAAUCCAAACAAUGGCCAACUCGACUUUCUUCGUACAAAGUUUCCAAGGCGGCUUUGAAUGGAUACACGAGGUGUGUAGCCAAAAAAUACCCGAGUUUCUUCAUCAACUCUGUUUGUCCUGGUUUUGCUCGAACGGAUAUUACAUGUAAUCUUGGUCCGCUAAGUGCUGAAGAAGCUGCUGAAAGUCCGGUGAGGCUGGCACUUCUGCCCGAUGGAGGGCCUUCCGGCUUAUUCUUUUAUCGAAAAGAGGUGUUUUAUUACUAAUGGAUAUGGUUCCAUUGUUCUACUGUUAUCCAUUUGGAUUGAUAUGAGAAUAACAGUAAAGUGUAAGUGAAGUGCAGUGUUUUUUUUUUUUUUUUUAUUUCUUUUUAUUUUUAUGUUUGAUGAACUAUUCUUAGCCAAUGGCAUCCUAUUAUUUUUGUGUUAUAUUCAUUUUGAAUAGUGUCUCUUUUGAUUCUUUGAUUAUUUUGUCUAUAAAGCCAAAGUUGUGUUUGGGAAUUCAGAUGUGUAAUGAAAGGGAGAGACAAUAAUAAAUUAGGGCGAUAAAUUAA